AUGUAUAAUAAUCGAUAUCCAUCAAAUCAACCACAAAACACCCAAAGAAACAGUUAUCCCGCAUAUGGUCAGACCUUUCAACCGGUCCCUCAAGCACAGCAGACUCCUGCUGUGCUUCAUGCUGGCCUACCGACUCAUGGUGCUGCUGCUUCACAAUUCAAUGCUUUCACUCCAAAUUAUGGUUCCAGAUUUAGCAAUGAGCUACGUGCAAGUUAUGGUACUCACAUAAGCCCUCAUCAGUCACAGAUACAACAAACUACACAACAGCAACAUUUAUCAUGGCAGAAUAAAAACAAUUGGAGUGCUGAUCUUGGUACAUCUGGUGGUACAAACUCCCAGGCUAGUCACGGAGGUAAUAUGUUGACAAGUAGUUUGUAUGGAACUGGUGGUGCUAGCGGAAGUAAUGCAAAUUCUGGUUUAUACG